AUGGCUGAUGUCCCCCCACCCACCCCAUCCGAGCUUUUAAGGAUGGUGACCGAGCUUCAACAGGCAAAUCAACGGAUGGCGGAGGACAAUCAGAGAAUGCAGAACCAGAUUGCGCAACUGGAGCAAGCUCGCUUAGAACAUCACAACAAUGAUCAUGAGAACAACGAAAGAACUCAUGUUUCUGAGACGCCACAGAGCAGGGAUGAAGAAAACCGACGAAACGAAGAAGCUCACCCUGAUAAUGAGGAGGAGCAACCCGACAACUCGGCAGGACCGUUUACAGCCGAAAUAAUGAACUUUCAACUCCCCAGACAAUUCACCCUUCCGACCACCUUAGUGCCAUAUGACGGAUUGGGUGACCCAAAGCAACACGUCAAAAAAUUCCGGUCUAUCAUGAUUGUUAACGGUGCAUCCGAUCCAAUUCUUUGUCGAUGUUUUCCAUCUUUUUUAGACGGUCCUGCACUUGACUGGUUUUGUUCUUUGCCUGCAGAUUCAAUUUCCCGCUUUCAGGAACUAGCCAGUCAGUUCGAGGAUCAUUUUGCAGCGUCUGCAAUAUACCUCCACGACUCAGACUAUCUGACGACUAUUAAGCAAGGACCACAAGAAAGCUUAAAAGAUUAUAUAACUCGAUUCACAAAAGUGGCCAUGCAGAUCCCUGACCUACAUCCUGAGGUCCAUUUGCACGCAAUUAAGAGCGGCCUGUGCCCAGGAAAAUUUCAGGAGACCAUCGCCGUUGCCAAACCCAAAACCUUGGCCGAAUUUCGAGAAAAAGCCAAGGGACAGAUUGAUAUUGAGGAGCUUCGCCAGGCACGAAAGGCAGACAAGUCGGCCCCAAAAGAUGAUGAAAAGCCAAGAGACAACAAAAAGAGUUUUAAGCCUGUCCCGCGAUAUGAAUCUUACACCCAGUUUAAUACCAAACGGGACGAUAUAAUCAAGGAGAUACUGAACUCUAAAUUGAUCAAACCCCCUCGGAAAGCAGGCACCUAUCCAGAAGCAAAGAACGUGGACAAAACCCGAUACUGCAGUUUUCACCAGAAGCAUGGCCACACAACAGACGAAUGUGUCAUCGCCAAAGAUCUACUAGAGCGCUUGGCACGCCAGGGACAUCUUGACAAGUUUAUUACAGGACAUAUGCAAAAGAGAGCGGCAUCGAGCUCCAAACAACUAACGCCAGGUCCGUCAUCAAAGGACAAAGAGAAAGCUCCUACUCAACCACGAGGGGUGAUCAAUUGCAUUUCUGGCGGUUAUGCUGGUGGUGGCCAUACAAGCUCGGCUAGAAAAAGAACUUACAGGGCCAUGUUAGCAGUCGAAGAUACUCCGCAUAGCCCCACUCCGGUGCAGGACAUCCCCGAGCUGACCUUCGGACACGCCGACCUUAAUGCUGCUUACACCAAUUAUGAUGAUCCAGUGGUCAUUUCUAUCCAACUGGCCGACCUUAUAGUAAAAAAACAAUACUCGGAAGAAUUAGUUGAUUUCUCGGGAGAGCGAGUCCCGGUGAUGGGAUCGGUGUGGUUACAAACCACCCUCGGAGAACAUCCCUUGUCUAAAACACAAGACAUCCAGUAUCUGGUGGUUGAUUGUUUCAGUCCCUAUAAUGCUAUGUUAGGAAGGCCAUUUCUCAAUAAAUUCACUGCAAUAGUUUCAACAUUUCACCUUUGUGUUAAGUUUCCUGUGCAGGAUAACAUCAUCGCAACCAUCCACAGUGAUUUACAUGAAGCUCGCCGCUGCUACAAUAUAAGCCUAAAGCCUACAAGGAAAACUGCCGAAGUUCACAUCAAUUCUAUACAAUCAGAGCAGCCAGCCUUAGCCGAGCUGGACCCAAGAGCCGAUCUUCAAGAACGACCUACACCAAAUGAAGAUCUAAUAAAGGUCGCCUUGACUGAUGAUCAAGCAAAGUUCACCUUCAUCGGAGCGUCAAUGCAUAAAGACGCGAAGGAAAAGCUGACCACAUUCUUACGUCAGAAUGCCGAUCUAUUUGCUUGGACCUCAGGGAAUAUGCCGGGAAUUAGCCCAUCAGUAAUAACACACAGAUUAGCAGUCAACCCAUCAGCCCGACCAAUUUCUCAGAAAAAGCGAAAUCUCGGAAACGAAAAGAGAGAGGCCUCCAUGAUAGAAGUCAAAAAGCUCAUCGAUGCUCAAUUCAUACGGGAACUCAGAUUCACGACAUGGCUAGCUAACAUCGUUAUGGUAAAAAAACACAACGGUAAAUGGCGCAUGUGCGUCGAUUUCACUGAUUUAAAUAAAGCAUGUCCUAAAGAUGCUUAUCCCUUACCCUGCAUAGAUAGCUUAGUAGAUAACUCAUGCGGUUACGGUACACUGAGUUUCAUGGAUGCAUAUUCUGGUUACAACCAGAUUUUUAUGCAUCCAUCAGACCAGGAAAAAACAGCUUUCAUAACUGAAUAUGGCAGGAACCUUGAAGUCUAUGUGGACGACAUGGUCGUCAAAACAAAGGUCGGCCACGAGCAUACCAACGACCUUGAUGAAAUAUUUGCCCAAGUCAGAAAAUACAAUAUGAGGUUAAAUCCUGAGAAAUGUGCCUUUGGCGUCCGUGGAGGAAAGUUCCUCGGGUUUAUUCUAACAAGCCGAGGAAUAGAGGCCAAUCCAGAGAAAUGCAAAGCUAUCCUUGACAUGCACAGUCCCACUACAGUAAAGGAGGUUCAACGGCUAACAGGCCGCCUGGCCGCAUUAUCCAGAUUCUUGCCGUGUUUGGCAGCUAAAUCCUUUAACUUUUUUCAAUGCUUAAAGAAAACAACAAAACAAUUUUCUUGGGAUCAACAAUGUGAACAGGCAUUCUCAAAUUUAAAACAGUUUCUAUCUAAACCCCCUGUUUUGCAAAAGCCAAAGCUCGGCGAACCCUUAUAUCUAUACUUAUUUGUGACUGAUGCGACUAUUAGUUCUGUUCUUAUUACAGAGAGCAACAAGGAACAACAGCCGGUUUACUUCGUGAGCAAGUCACUGCAGAAUGCCGAGCUACGUUACCCAAUGCUCGAGAAGCUCGCCCUCGCACUAAUCUUCUCUGCCAGGCGACUCCGACCAUACUUUCAGAGUCACACGAUCAUUGUUCGGACAUCUCACCCGCUUCGUCAGAUACUUUCUAAACCUGAGUUAGCAGGACGAUUAGUUAAGUGGUCCAUAGAGAUAUCCGAAUUUGAUGUUCAGUAUCAGCCCAGAGGGUCGAUCAAAUCUCAGUAUUUAGCAGACUUUGUAGCCGAGCUUACAUCCUCAGAGCCCGACGAUAAAGAACAAACUUGGACGUUAUUCGUUGAUGGAGCUUCGAAUCCCCAAGGGGCAGGUGCAGGCAUACUACUUGAAAGCUCGGAAGGCAUAGUAGUCGAGCACUCUCUCAAAUUCUCGUUCAAAGCAAGUAACAACCAGGCCGAAUAUGAGGCCCUCAUUGCCGGGCUCAGGUUAGCUAAAGACUUACAUGUCAAAUUUCUAAAAAUUCACUGCGAUUCAUUACUAGUUGUGCAGCAAGUAAACAAUGGUUUUCAAACAAAAGAUCAGAUAUUGUUGAAAUACCUAGAUAUUGUCCAAAAGUUAUUACAUGAUUUUUCAAAGGUUGACAUCAGCCAUAUACCUAGGGAACAGAACAACAAAGCCGAUAUUUUGUCAAAAUUGGCCACAACACAAACACAAACUUCAACCCUAUUCCAAUCAACUCUAAGCAGACCAAGCAUUGAUAUACCUAAUAUCCUAAGCACAAUUAAUCAAAAGGGUUGGCAACAACCUUACAUACAUUAUCUUCAAAACGGUACUAUUCCAGAAGAAAUUCAGGAAAAGAGUAAAUUUAAACGACAAGCCUCCUUUUUUACACUGAUGAAUAACACUCUUUAUAGGCGAGGAUAUUCUCGACCUUUGCUAAAAUGCUUGAACAGGGAAGAAGCUGAUAUUGUCUUGGCAGAAGCCCAUGAGGGCAUCUGCGGAAUACAUUGUGGUGCUCGGACUUUAGCACGAAAGGUACUCCGGGCAGGCUUUUACUGGCCGACAAUAUGGGACGAUAGUAAACAGAAAGUCAAAUCCUGUGACAAAUGUCAGAAACACUCACCGAUGAUUAAUAUGCCAGCAGAGCAUCUUCAUCAGGCCGAGGUAAGCUGGCCGUUCAACAGAUGGGGAAUGGACAUUCUUGGACCAUUCCCCACGGCCCCAAGACAGGUGAAAUAUUUAGUGGUUGCAAUAGACUAUUUUUCAAAAUGGAUCGAGGCACAACCCUUGGCAAAAAUCACAUCAUCCCAAAUGAUAAGUUUUGUUUGGAAAAACAUAAUUUGUAGAUUCGGUGUACCACACCAUAUUGUUACUGACAAUGGUCGGCAAUUCACUGACCAUAAUUUUAAGGAGUUUUUGCAGAACUUAAAAAUAAAGCAGCAUUUUUCGUCGGUGGAGCACCCACAAUCAAACGGCCUAGCAGAGGCCGCUAAUAAAGUCGUCCUUCAGGCACUACGAAAGAAACUUGACGACGCAAAGGGAUUAUGGGCCGAACUUGUACCAGAAGUGCUAUGGGCGUACAACACUACAGUACAUUCAACGACAAAAGAAACGCCGUUCCGCUUAGUCUAUGGAUCCGAAGCAAUGAUCCCUAUGGAGAUAUCGCAAAGUUCCCUCAGAACGCAGUCCGAGCAUCAUAAUGAAGCUCGGCAGGCAGAGCUUGACCUAAUUGAAGAAAUUCGAGAAACAUCAGCUAUUCGACACCGAGCACUACAACAACAGUUAAGCCGACGAUAUUCACGAAUAGUUCAGCCGAGAACAUUCAACGUCGGCGACUUGAUCUUAAGAAAAACUGAGCAAGCCCGCCGACCUCCUUCCCAUGGAAAGCUCGCCGCAAACUGGGAUGGCCCCUACCGAGUAUACGAAGUCCUCGGACGAGGAGCCUAUAAGUUGGAGCAAUUAGACGGCACAAAAAUUCCAAGCACAUGA